AUGAAUGCGAGGCUCGCGUUCGCUAUAAUGGCGGCAUCGCUGUCCGCAUUUCAGCAUGGAUACAACACGGGAGUCAUGAACGCGCCAGAAUUUGUAAUGUCGCAAUGGCUCCAGAAGGAAGCAUUAACUGGAACCAAUUUAUCAUUAGCCGCAAAGGAUGACCCAGUUGUGACGAACAUUUGGUCCCUGACUGUGUCCAUUUAUUGUGUGGGAGGAAUGAUCGGGGGAGUUAUUACUGGAUUGGUUGCCGACAGGUUAGGAAGAAAAGGUGGUCUAUUGUGGAACAACCUCCUGGUCUUCGUGGCUGCGAUGCUGGAGGCUCUAUCCAAAACGGCACAGUCCUCAGAAAUGCUAAUAGUUGGCAGAUUGAUUAUCGGUAUUAACAAUGGUUUAAACGCAGGACUUACACCAAUGUAUUUGGCUGAAAUAUCGCCUGUGGCUUUGCGAGGCUCGAUCGGAACAGUAUAUCAGCUAGUAAUUACAAUAACAAUUCUUCUUUCACAAAUACUUGGGCUAGAAGUAGUAUUGGGAACGGCUAACGGGUGGCCAUGGCUACUCGCUGUGAUAGUGUUGCCAGCAAUUGUACAAUGUUGUACUUUACCGUUAUGUCCUGAAACACCCAAGUUUCUACUAUUAAAUAAGGGCGCGGAAUUAAAGGCACAAAGAGCCCUUAAUUGGCUCCGCGGCGAUGUAGCUGUUCACGGAGAAAUGGAGGAGAUGCAUCAGGAAGCAGAAAAGAACAAAAUAAGCAAGAAAGUCACGCUUCGUGAACUCUUCGGAAAUCAGCAACUUCGACAGCCAUUACUCAUCGCCAUGGUGGUGAUGGUGGCUCAGCAGUUCUCGGGAAUAAACGCGGUCAUGUUCUUCUCGACGAAUAUCUUUACGAACGCUGGCUUAAAUGAGGGGCAGGGUCAGUACGCUACAUUAGGUAUGGGCGCAAUGAAUGUCGUAAUGACUGUGAUAAGUCUCCUACUGGUGGAAAAGGCGGGAAGGAAGACCUUACUUCUCAUUGGAUUUAGUGGAAUGUUGGCAACCACCAUUGCGCUAUGUAUUGCUAUUAGAUAUACGACAAUAUCCUGGGUACCAUAUUUAUGCAUCGCAUUGGUGAUUCUUUUCGUAACGAUGUUCGCUGUUGGACCCGGAUCGAUACCCUGGUUCCUUGUUACAGAACUGUUCAACCAAGGCGCUCGACCAGCUGCAUCUUCAGUGGCCGUCACGGUUAACUGGACUGCUAACUUCAUAGUAGCACAAAGUUUUCUACCACUUAAGUCAAUUAUAGAUACGAACGUCUUCCUCAUAUUCGCUGCUCUUCAGUUCAUAUUUAUAUUAUUCAUAUCAUUCAAAAUCCCGGAAACGAAAAACAAAACAAUUGAAGAGAUCACAGCUAUGUUUAGACAACAGUUGUAA